AUGGAAUAACAGCCUUUGACUAGUGAAUCAUUCGUAUCAUAUUUUGGAAAUAUGUACGAUCAAAGAAUACUAAUCUCCAUCUAUUUAUUAUUCCCAAUCAUUUUGAUAUUCUUCUUUCUCAGUCUAAGAGAUUUGGAAAGACUUGAGAAUUAGGAGAAAUAUGACAUGACACAUUCUCACUACUAGCCAGAUGUAUAUCAGAAUUUGGUCUCUUAGUGGACUAGAUAAGGAAUUGAAAAUUUGAAAAAUGAUCAACAAUAUGUUUAAUGGUAUUAAAAUAAAGAGAGAGAGUUGGAACUAAAAUCAUAAGAAUCUAGCAAAUAAUCAAUUAGAUAAUCAUAACAAUGA